UUCCGAGGGAACGUCAUUAACAUAUAAUAUUGCUGCUCACGAGAGAGCUUGCUUUUAUGCUUGGGCAGAUAAACCGGGAGAAAAGAUUGCUUUUUAUUUUGCGGUGCAAGCGGGCGGAUCCUUUGAUAUCGAUUAUGUCGUAACGGAUCCGCGUGGUAAAGAAGUCAUUUCCGGUGCGCGCGAACGCCAAGGGGAUUUCGUGUUUACGGCCAAUUAUGUUGGGGAGUAUUCAUUCUGCUUUGCGAAUGAUAUGUCGACAUUCGCCGAGAAACUGGUUGACUUCGAGAUCUCAAUUGAAAAUGAACCUCGAGCCGAAUUGCCACCCUCCAAAGGGAUCACUCCAGAACAAACAAGUAACAUGGAAGAAAGUCGUUUGAGGCUUAGUAGCAGUUUGAGUACCAUAGCGAGGACUCAAAAGUAUUUUAGGACGAGGGAGAACAGAAAUUUCUCUACAGUUAAGAGUACCGAAAAUAGAAUCUUUUGGUUUGCAUUGUUGGAAAGCGCAACAAUCGUCGGCAUGGCUACUAUAUCGAAGUUAUAUGUCACCGAUUUCGCGUCACUUGCCUGGUGUGAACAACAGCACCAUUAUUCGCUUGCACGUGGAAGAAAAGUGACGGCCGAAAUGAAAGCGGGAUCAGAUAUACACAUGGAUCUCGAGUUAGACGAGCAUCGACUUGAUACCAUUUCAACGGUAUCUGAGGAAGACGUUUGGGGUCUAAAGCUAUAUAAUCUUUUGUUUGGACUCGAAGCUCUUGCGACUGCCGGAAAAACAAGGGAAUUACCGAUAUUCGGUUUUGUGUUUGACAUUUUUGUCCACGGUGUCAUUGACCAGGUUCAAAAAUCUUCGAAUGCAAAAAUUCAAAGAAACGGUAAACGGGAAUGGAUAAUAUGUGACACCAAAACUCGAUCCAGACCCAUCCUCCCCCCAAAAUCCGCCAUACCGUUAUCCGUAAAGUGUCAAGUAAUGCUGUACAAAAAAUUGUUUGACAAUUUAGUAGACGGCACUAUGGAUGAAGAGAGGAUGUAUCAGGUUUUAGAUUUAGAUGCUGAUAAACCAUUUUCAGAAGAAUUGGCUGAUCUCAUAAGCGAUAAUUUUUGUGAAAAUCGUAAGAGUAACAAUAUAAGAAAACAUUCGAAACAAACGCCGACAUUAAGAACGGUCAUGAAAAUGGUAAAGAGACAUUUUAAGUUUUUACCGAAAUCUAGUAAAACUUUGGAGGUGAAUUACAAGUACCAGGGCGAUAGAAGCGAUUUAGGUUCACUGUACUUUGAUUAUGAUGAAGAAAAGUUAAAUGAACACUUGCGACGAUCGAUCAUGUAUUGGAAAGGAGAGCGAGAGCCCGAAGGCGUGCCCGUUGAAGAGGCCUGGAAGUGUCAGUAA